GCCGAGCCGAUCACGCUCUACCAUCACACAUUGAUCUUCUUUGCCAUCGCACAUCCACCCCAUACACACCACCACAAUGAGCACCGCCAUCGCACUCGCGCUCGCUGGCGCCCUACUCCAGGCUCCUGGCGCCGUCGCGGCCCGGAGCAUCUGUUACGACCGGUACGGCCGGGCGUACUACUGCAACCGCCUCUCGACGGGCGCGCGCAUCGGUAUCGGAAUCGGUGUCGCCGUGUUCGUCUUCCUCCUCCUGACGUUGUGUGGAGUCGCGCGCCGCAAGAGGCAGCAGGCCGCCAACGCGCAGUUCCGCCCGCCGCCCGUGCAGACGAACAACGUCCAGCCGUCGGUCCCGUACGGCAACAACCCGCCGCCCCCGCAGGGCGUGUACGGCGGCUACAGCGCGUACGGUAACCCCGCCCCCCCGCCCAACAGCUACCAGCCCGGCGGCGCCGCGGCCGGCUACUAUGGCCAGUCGCGCACUGCCGACGGCGCGCAGGGCGGCGGCGACGUCGAGCACGGGUACGAGUACGAGCAGGCCAAGGAGAAUGAGCUCAAGGGCGGCAUCGACUCGCCCCCCGUCUAUGGCCAGGGCAACUCGUACGCUCCCCCCAGCGGCCCUCCCCCGCACGCCAACAACACCAGCAGCUACGCCCCGCCCACCGGCCCUCCCCCCGGCAAGAACUAGGCGGACCCCUCCCCCUCCCCCAUUGAUCAUAAUACCUAUAUCUUUCGGCUGGACCAGGUGUAACACACGCAAACACGCACACGCACGUCUGGCAGACAAGACUAUUAUAUCAGUAAUGCACCAGCUGAGCCGGA